AUGCCAACAGAAGCAAAUGAACCUGGAGCAGGAUGCAGGCCCCCUCCAGAACUUAGCUCAGCUGAGAGUGGGAGAGAUUGUUCAACGUCGGCUCCAGCUGGCUAUGAUUACUCCCACUGGGGGCCAAUCGGAUCAAAUGCACUGCGGGUGGUAACAGACACACUCCCCCAAAUUCUGCCAAAUGUGCUGAUCAACAAGAGACAAGAGAUCGUGCCAGUGAUAAUAGCCCUGAUACAGGAGAAUCCAGUGAAGGCAGAUCGUGAAAAUCUUGCACGUCUGCUCUUCAACCUUGUGAAGAAACCCCAUUUAGAGCAGAGAAAGGUGAUUAUCAGUGGGUGUAUCAGUUUGGCCACUGUGAUUGGGCCACAGCGAACAGCAGACGAGUUGAUGCCACAGAUGUGGGAGCAACUGGGACACAAGUAUCCUGAGCGCCGUGCGCUUCUUGCAGAAGCUGUGGGUGCACUGGCUGGGCUUGUUGAUGACAACGUCCGGGCCUCUGCCAUUCUGUCAAUCCUGCACAAGCUUUCCAGUGACACUGAGUCAGACGUCAGGCUGUCUGUUGUGCCCAGCAUGGUGCAGUUACUGGAUUUCCUCUCACCUGGGAACAAACACUGGAUGGUCGAGGAGGUGCUAUUCAGAAUGGUAAUGGAUCGCUCGGAUGUAGUUGUCUCGUCAACAUUUGAAGCGCUGCUGCCAGCAACACUGGCAUGGGCCAAGACGAUGGAGAACGUGUACAGCAAACUCGUCCUAAACACAGCGACACACAUGGUGGAGCUUAUUGAAGACAGCCCCUACCCAGCGACUACAGAGUUUGGUCUUGUGCACAGGGGCGAAGCAGAGAUGCACAUCCCCAGAGAAAGUCAGCAGAGGAAGAUCUUUUGCUUGCUGUCCCUAUACACAACCCUCAUUCCAUAUGUACGGUCAUCAGCCCUACAGCACUGUCCCAGCUGGGUGAAUGUGGAGCCACAAGUCGAACAUUCAGGGCCUUCAGAAGAUGGAGGCAAGCACACCUUGGCUCACAACAGCACCAAGGACAGUGGUGAAGGCACAGCUGACAGUGUCCCUGAGAUGCCUCUGGGCAGUGAGGAUGGUGCCAAAAACAACCCCUUCCUGAGAAGCCCGUUGGUUGAGACGAAUGGAGCAGGUCCUGGUGAUAAUCCUUUUGAAGCCGAUCUCAACAACAACUUGUUGUUGGACUCUGGCAAGCCAGGCAGCAAUCCUUUUUUGGCUGGCAAUCCUCCAGUUGUCGAUGCCACAACGAAUCCUUUUGCCACAAAGGAUGAGCAAUUCCGUGUAAGGAGAUCUUCGAGUGCACCAGAGACAAACCCUUUUGUAGAACUGGAAUCCCAAGAUGGAGAGGGUGCGAAUCCUGCAUUCACUGAUCAACAGGGUCAUGGCCACAACACUGCCUUGGGGCACACUGAAACAAAUCCUUUCCUGAGCCCAAAGGCGCAGUCACAUCAACCACCCGUUCCCAUGCGAUCGAUGUCCUCCCCAUUCUCUUUGUCAGGGGAUGAGGGAGUAUCUGGCCAAGGAGGCGAUGUGAGCAGCGGGCUGGCGCUGGGUGGAUCGUUGGCAGAGGACGAGAUCUGCAGAAAGUUUGGGCAGUGGGUGGAGGGUCCAAAUGAUGGCAGCUGGGAGGAGGUCGACAUGAUGGCCUGUCAGGUGGUGCCACUACUCAUCCGUUGUUGCCGCGGGGUGGCGCCACUGCACGAGUGCGACCGGUUGAGGCGGCGUCUGGUGGCAGCCAUGAAACUCACAUGUGGCUCAUUUGGAGAGUCAUUCACAGUGUCUGCUGUUGAGCCUCUGUUCGUUGCGUCUGCCAGCAUCCCCACCUGUGCUUCCCGGUGCCCAGUGGCCCACAAGGUGGAGGGCAUCGUGCCCACAUUGAUACCCACAACAUUGGAGGGCACAAGGGUAGGCCACAUCGCACUACUGCCUGUCUUCCUUGCAGCCGUGCUCGUGCAGUCAGGCAAAGGCAGGCUGUCAUCUUACAUCCGCAAACUGCUGUCAGAUGGGCCGGAGGAUGACACAUGGGUCCUCCAGCACAGAAAGGAGUUUACGGCAGCUGUUCAGUUUGCGAGUGCCUUUGAGGAUGUGAAGUGCCAUCUGUUGGGGGCUUUGAAAGAUUCCGCGAGGUCGCCCAACCCACUGAUCAAGAAGGGCGUUGCAGCGCUGGUGGAAGGACUGGCAGGCACAGUGUCUGCACAAGAGGUCACCGACACUCUCCUGCCCGUGCUUGCCUCCCUCUCCUCUCACUCAGACCUCGCAGUGCAAGUCACCAGCCUGGGCGCCAUGCAGCGGGUCUCCAUAAUUUGCUCUGACCAGCCGACCGUGGUGCAGCGCCUGCACUCGCAGUUCGAUGCCAUGAUCUGCGAGGGGGCCCACGACGUGCAGAUCGCCGUGCUCCAGACUCUGACCAUGGCGGCGAGUCAGGCGAUGGUACAUGUGGAGUUCCUGUUGAAGGAGAUCCUGUUCCUGUUGGCCCGGAUCCAGCAGAGGUCAGUGGCGGGCAAGAGCUAUCUGCAGCUGAAGGAGCUGGCGGGAGCUGCGUUUCAGGCCCUGCAGACUUUGGACACCUGCCAGGUCAAGGAGCACAGCACGAGGCUGCACCUGCUGGCGGCGAUGGAGGCACUGAAUCGCGAGGCGCCUCUCUUGGAGCAAACACAGAAGCAGCUGCUGUCGGCGAUGCUGAGGGACCACUCAGACCACACGCCAGCGAUGGUCGUGCCUCAGUUGGCUCCAAAUCCGGCCACCCCCAGAACACCAAGGACCCCUAAGACCCCCAAGACGCCCAGAACCCCCAAGGCGUUCUUGGGGCGGUCCAGCAGCAUGGAGAAUGAACAGGAGACCGCUGGCAGGCCGGCGCCGAACCACUCCCGAGUCCGUAGUGCGGAGGACGCCGUGCACGGGUCGAUGUUUGGCAGGGGCAAGCCAGCCAAGGGCACGGGCUGGCACUUUGAGCUUCCCCGUCUGCCACAGACGAACACAUUUCUUUGA